AUGUUGCUUCUGUCCGUGUUUCUCAGCUUGCUUCCAUUCUGCUUUGCCUUGCCUCAGUAUAGCUACAAUCAAGAUGCAAGCGCGCCGGAUCUUGACUCCGUCUUAAUCCUUGACCCGCCGGCAGAUUACACAGCACCUCGAACGCUCUACGCUCGGACUCUGCAACUGAAAGAAUCUGGCGUCCUCUUAGCAACCUGGGAAAACUACCUCCCCAACAACGACUCUUUCCCGUACUUCCCGAUCUACCAAUCGCUGGACUACGGCCAAACAUGGGCUGAACGCACGCGAGUCUACGAUCAAGUCAACAACUGGGGUAUGCGCUAUCAACCAUUCCUCUACGAACUUGAAGAACCAAUUGGCAACUUCUCAGCAGGCACGAUCCUCCUCGCGGGCUCUUCUAUCCCUCAAGACCUCAGCCAGACGCAACUCGAACUCUACGCGUCAGCGGACUGUGGAUGCACGUUCAAUUUUGUUUCGCAUGUCGCCAAAGGAGGAGUUGCGUUACCUGAUAAUGGCGAAACGCCCGUUUGGGAGCCUUUCCUAAUGAUGUAUGAGGGACAGAUGAUAUACUACUACUCCGACCAGAGAGAUCCUGCACAUGGACAGAAAUUGGUUCACCAGACAUCGACGGACCUUUUGACAUGGGGAGAUGUCGUGGAUGAUGUGGCGUACGAUACCUACGACUGGCGACCGGGUAUGACGACUGUCUCCCUCCUACCCAAUGGGAGCUACCUUCUCACCUACGAAUUCUACGGCGCAGUCGAGGAAGCUUUCGCGGUGUACUAUCGCCUUUCGGAGAACCCGCUUCUCUUCGACAGCGCUCCCGGCCAAGUCAUCCGUGCGACAGACGACUCUUUCCCCGUGGGAUCACCCUACAAUGUUUGGACGCCGGCUGGUGGCGAGAACGGGACGAUCGUGGUUAGCUGUGGUAACGAGGAGCAGUUGUGGAUUUCGAAAGACUUGACCGCAACGUGGGAGAGGGUGGAUACGGUGGAGAAGACGAGUUACACGAGGAGUCUACUUGUUGAAAGGCAGGAUCCGAAUACGAUCUUGAUUGUCGGGGCUGGGGUACUGGGUGGUGAGGAUAAUAAUGUUACGGCCAGUACGUGGAAAGUGGAUGGCUGA